UCUUGGAGGCCUAUGGGUGCAGCUACCAGGAUCGCUUUCUUCCCCAGGGUUUUCUGCAGCCCUUCUCAUGUUGGACAAUGUGAUUCAUCAGAGAGAGAGACCCUCCUCCUCUUCCUAUCCAUGAGCCACUCUUCCCAACUGCUCUCCCAUCAUCCACUGCCCUCAUGUCUACCAUACUCCUGAAUCUGGAUUUUGGGGGAUCUCCACCCAAAAAGGCAUUAGAAGGGAAUGCCAAGCAUCGAAAGUUUGUUAAGAAGCGCCGGCUCUUGGAACAGAAGGGCUUUCUCAAUAAAAAGAAGCAGACCCCUAGCAAGGUGACUAAGUUGCACUCAGAACCUCCAAAGAAAGGGGAAAAUGUGAGAGUGGAUGGCACUUGGAAGAUUCCUCCCCUUUCAAGAAAGAAGACACCUGCACCCAGCACUGGGUCAGGAUUGUCCCUGGAUAAGAAAACUGCAGUGCCUUGGCUGACCCCUGCACCUUCAAAGAAGGUUAAUUCUGUUGCAGCUAAAGUAGAUUUGCUGGGGGAGUUCCAGAGUGCCCUUCCAAAGAUUAAGAGCCACCCAACUCGCUCCCAGAAGAAGGCCCUCCAGAAGAAGAACCCUCCUCAGAACAAUGCCACACAGAAUUCCACCAGAAAUCACUUAGAAAAUAAGUGCUCUGGAGCAUCCCAGAAAUUGCCAGGGAAGAUGGUGGCAAUUGACUGUGAGAUGGUGGGCACAGGACCCAAAGGGCAUGUUAGUUCCUUAGCUCGAUGUAGCAUUGUCAACUAUGAUGGAGAUGUGCUUUAUGAUGAGUACAUCCUUCCCCCCUGCCACAUUGUGGACUACCGAACCAAAUGGAGUGGAAUCUGCAAGAAGCACAUGGUGAAUGCUACACCCUUUAAGAUUGCUCGGAGCCAGAUCUUGAAGAUAAUCUUGGGGAAGAUUGUGGUGGGGCAUGCCAUCCACAAUGACUUCAAAGCCCUGCAGUACUUUCACCCCAAGUCCCUCACCCGAGACACCUCUCAAAUACCCCUCCUCAACCGGAAAGCCAAUUGCCCGGAGAAUGCCACCAUGUCUCUGAAGUGCCUCACCAAGCAGCUGCUACAUCGGGACAUACAGAUCGGGAAAGGUGGACAUUCCUCUGUGGAAGAUGCCCAGGCCACCAUGGAGCUGUACAAGUUGGUUGAAGUUGAGUGGGAACAACAUCUGGCCCAAAAUCCCCCAAAAAACUAGCAACUGUGGGGAGACAGAGGCAACAUCCCGGAGAAACAGGGCCGCAGACCAACACCUGCCUCUUCUAGCUUCACAUCUGCAGAAGCUAGACCUGUUGGGGAGAGACACUGUACCCCAGGCUUAAUACCCAUUGAAAUUUCAACUCAGCUCUUGUGUCCUGUAUCUGGUUAAGUGUCCCAUGGAAGUGGGAAACCUUCAUGUCAGAUUCCAGCCCGAGACUGCUUACUUUAAAUGGUGCUAACCACAGGUCCCAGGAUUCUUUGUGCCAGUCAGACUUUUUGAUUUCCAGGACAGGGCAUACUGGGGAAUGUAGUUUCCUACAUUGCCUUAUCACUAGGUAGCCACAUGUCUCUUGUAUUUUGGAGAUGGGUUGGGGGAUUGCCCAGGUUGGCCUCCAACUCCUGGGCUCAAGCAGUCCUCCUACUUCAGCUUCCUGAGUAACUGGGAGUGUAGACCUGUGCUACCAUGCCCAGCAUUUUUUAUCCUCACAUAAUUAACAGCAUCCCUUUUACUUUCAAAAGUAUCCUAAUUGGAUACUGGAGUGUAUGGUCAUGUUACAUAUCCAAGACUCCGCUCUGGUUCAGAGUCUGCAUCCAGCCUGCCAGGAUAUCACCUGCCAACUUCAAGAAGAGUCACUAUUAGUGAUGUUUUGUUCUUAAGGUUAGAAGGCAAUGAGGUAAGAGUAUAACUUAGAAAUCAACUUUUCUGAUUUAGGAAAAGGAGUCUCUUACCUAAAAUAGUAGAGGAUUUAUUUAAUUUAGGUUCUACUUGGAAGA